GCACAAUCCAAUCCUAUUAUCUUUCUGAAUCUGGGUUGAUCGGAAGGGGGCAAGAGAGAGAGAGAGAGAGAGAGAGAAAGAAAGAAAGAAAGAGAGAGCAGCUGUCGAUCUUUGUGGAUCCUGGAUACCUCUUCUUCCCUUUGUGGUUAUUGUUGUUUUUGUUGUUGUUGUUGUUUUUGUCAUUUUUUUAAAAAGACAAAGCUUCUUCUGAGACGGCUAAGAGGUCUGGCGUUUAUUUAUUUUUCCUGCUCUCCCGAUGCAGAGGCCGUGCGCGAAAGGGUUAUUUCAGGAAUAAUAGCUCCUAGCCACAUUGGGAGUGCGUGCACGGCCGUGCGGCUUUGCAGAAGAAAACCGGAGGAAGGGAAACAGCUGAGGAGGGGGUCUCUUUUCCCACCCCCACCCCUUCCCCUUGGCCUCGCUUUCCUCAAAGUAGUGCAUUGUCUGAUCUCCGGCAAAUCUUUCCCAGCUAUUGAAUUCAUUUUGUCCCUUCGAGGGGAAGGUGGUUUUCUUUUUUUCUUCCCCCUCUUCCCCCUUCUCCUUUUUAUGGUUUUGUUUUAUUUUUGCUUGGUUUUGGUUUUUUUAAAAAUUUAAUUGUUAUAUCAGCUGAGUCAUCAUGUCCGCUCUCACGCCUCAAAGCGAUACGCCGACUCCCACCACAGACAAGAUCACCCAGGCUGCCAUGGAAACCAUCUAUCUGUGCAAAUUCCGGGUGUCGAUGGAUGGAGAAUGGCUCUGUUUGAGAGAACUGGACGACAUCUCCCUUACGCCCGACCCCGAGCCGAGCCAAGAAGAUCCGAACUAUGUCAUGGCCAAUGAACGCAUGAAUCUGAUGAACAUGGCGAAACUAAGCAUAAAGGGCUUGAUCGAAUCCGCUCUAAAUCUUGGGAGAACGUUGGACUCCGACUAUGCACCUCUUCAGCAGUUCUUUGUAGUCAUGGAGCACUGCCUUAAACAUGGCUUAAAAGCCAAGAAGACAUUUCUGGGCCAAAAUAAGUCAUUUUGGGGACCUCUGGAAUUAGUAGAGAAGUUUGUUCCUGAAGCUGGAGAAAUCACAGCAAGCGUUAAAGAUUUGCCCGGGCUAAAGACUCCCGUGGGAAGGGGAAGAGCCUGGCUGCGUCUGGCACUGAUGCAGAAGAAACUUUCAGAGUACAUGAAAGCCUUAAUAAACAGAAGGGAAAUUCUCAGUGAAUUUUAUGAAGCGAAUGCCCUCAUGAUGGAGGAAGAAGGUGCUAUAAUCGCCGGGCUUUUAGUGGGCCUGAAUGUCAUUGAUGCAAAUUUCUGCAUGAAGGGAGAAGACUUGGAUUCUCAGGUUGGCGUUAUUGAUUUUUCAAUGUAUUUGAAGGAUGGCAGCAGCAGUAAAGGCAGUGAAGGCGAUGGUCAAAUUACUGCGAUUCUGGAUCAGAAAAAUUACGUAGAAGAACUCAAUAGGCAUUUAAGCGCUACAGUCAACAACUUGCAGGCAAAAGUUGAUGCUUUGGAAAAAUCCAACACUAAACUAACUGAGGAGCUUGCCGUCGCAAACAACAGAAUUAUAACACUGCAAGAAGAAAUGGAGCGAGUCAAAGAGGAGAGUUCGUACAUUUUGGAAUCCAACCGAAAGGUAAAUAAGACUGCAGACGGGCAUGCCCUCACCGAAGCGAGGAAACAGCUGAAAGAGGAAACACAGUUAAGACUGGACGUGGAGAAAGAGCUUGAAAUGCAGAUCGGAAUGAGACAAGAGAUGGAGCUGGCUAUGAAGAUGCUGGAAAAAGACGUUUGCGAGAAGCAGGAUGCUCUUGUGGUGCUCAGGCAACAACUGGACGAUCUCAGGGCCCUAAAACUUGAACUUUCUUUCAAGCUGCAGAGUUCAGACCUGGGAAUGAAACAGAAGAGUGAACUGAAUAGCCGCUUGGAGGAGAAGACCAGUCAAAUGGCCGCUACAAUUAAACUGCUUGAACAGAGCGAAAAGGAUUUGGUGAAACAGGCAAAAACCUUAAAUAGCGCAGCGAACAAAUUAAUUCAGAAGCCUCACUAGAAAUUUAAUUUUGGGCGGCUGAUCGCAUCGCCAUUCUGACAUCCAAGCUCCCUUAACGAGCGAAGAGCAAAAACAUCGAGAAUUUAGAUGUCAGAAAAGAUGACGUGGAAUUUGAUGGGAUUUUUUUUUCUUUUUUUAAAAAAAAUAGUUUUAUUCGGAAAUAGAAAAAUUAACUUCUGGCUUUCCUUUCCCCCCCCUGUUAACGCUUUGAAACUUUAUUAAAAUAGGAGCAAUUUGAUCAGUGUGUACUCCAGAAAGAAGAGAAGAUAAAAUCUGAUUUGUGGCUAUGUACAUUCAAUUGUAUACCCCCCCCCUUUUUUUUUUGUUUUUUUUAGCCUUUACAACUUGUUUCAACUUGAAAGGAAAAAAUUUUCUUGGUUUUCCCUUUUGUGAAGUAGCUGGGUGUGUGUGUGUGAAAAAGCAGGCAGAGAAAUUUGGAAGCCUGCAGGAAACCACGAUUUUUGUAGAGUUGGGCAUCCCCAAUUGAUCCUAAGCAGGACCAAGGUUAGAACAUUUUCGGAACAUUUGGGCAUUAUUAACCAAAGGUUUGUCUGCACUGCAGCCUUUGCUACUACCCGAACUUUAGGCUCGGGAUAUUUUGUAAAUUGAAAUUAAUUUGAAAGGUUGCGGGCUGCAAAGCACCUUCCUUAAGGGGAAUAUUCCCAUGCCCAAGAAUAAAAUCCUCCCUUGAAUUGAAGCCGUAGGAAAAAUUAUUUGAGAGAACUCCAUCUGUACUCUCCACGGCUUGCCUUUUCGCUUGGCUUGCAAAAACGGAGAACAAUUCCCUCCGUCCCAAUUCCCUAUUUGCGAGAAUUUCCUUUUAGGGCUACCUGCCCAUCCACCUGAAUGUCCAAAAAUCCUUUUCGUUUGACGUAGACCCCUGGGCGGAUAGGUAUUAAGGAAUAUUCAGAAGACACACACACACAGAGUUCAGGUGAUGCAAAUCGCACCAAUUUUGAUUGCUCAAGAGUUGUAACCGGAAUUCUUUUUUUUAGCAAUCCGAGGACGAGCUAAGAUAACAGGCCACUUUCAUAACAGGGGGAAAUGAUUUAUUCAUCCCCCCUUUAGGUGACAUGGAUGCAAAAUCUAGCUGUUUAGCUAUUUUUUUUAAUAGGUCAGCCCUUCUUUCCAUUGACUUCUACCUCUGCCUUUUCCCCCUAAAAAUAUAGUGAAUUCUCAUUUCCUGGUUGACUUUUUUUAAUACGUGUCUCUUGCCUUCCCUUGCUCUUUAAGAAAAGACUGAAUCAUUGUCCCCUUUCAUAUAUAUCAGAGGUGGGUUCCUAUCUGUUCGGACCGGUUCGGCCCAGUAGGUAGUAACUCGGCCUGCCGUGCCCCAGAACCAGUUCUAUUGUUGGCGCCGCCAUCUUGAUUUUUGGUUCUGCGCAUGAACAGAACAAGCUUCAUUGAAAAAUUAAAUUUUUUCCCCCCUUUUGUAACGUUGUGCAAAUGCGCAGACCUUUUCAGGUGCAAAAGCUCUCGUGCGUGGAGCAAAAGAUUUUUUUGCACGCUGAACCAGCAGUAAUGCCAGCAGCAAAAGUAAUUCGGCCAUUGUUUAAAGCUCUCUCUGGCCACUAUUAAUAUUUGAUUCGGAGGGAUCUUAAUCAAACAAGGGAUUUGCUAGGAAUUGGAGUGAGAGAGCAUCUAAGCCUUAGAAAGUCUACUAAAAACACCAUGCUGUAGCUCAACAACGUAUUGUUUUUUUUCUUGUCCUGAUUCUGAUGAAACCCGAGGGGAUUGUAAGAGAGUGUGUGGAGAAUUAUUAACAUUUCUCAAAACUACCCAAACUAUUUCCCUUCCCCCCACAUCUUUAAUAGUUGUUCUUCAACCAAGUCAGGGGUUGGGACCGGUUCAUGCAAACCGGUAGUAAAAAGGCUACUCGUUCCCCCGAAAAUGAAACCUGUUUGGGCGAACUGGUUUUUCCGACGAUCAGCUGUGGCGCGCGAUUUAUAUUAGCUAGAAAGCAGGAAUUCCUGCUUUCUAGCUAAUCUAAAUCGCGUGGCCCAGCGGAUUUCCCAUCCCCCCUCGUUGUUUGCUUACCUUUGCAGGCGUGCUCGGUAGCAGACUCCGCCCACCCGCCCGGACGUCAUCACGCCCGUUUUUGACACUCUGCACAUGCGUGGGAGUUCCCGCGCAUGCGUGGAGAUUGAGAGCAUACACGCUCCCCUUGUUACCGAACCGGUAGCAAAAGUAAAUGUAUUUCACCCCUGAACCAAGUGCCCUCCAAAUGUUUUUCAAGCAUUCCUAGAAAACACUUUGGGCUGUAUUGAUUGAUGGAUUUGGGGAAGCCUAAACCGAGGACACGUCCCUGUUUAACGGGUGUGUGUGUGAGAGAGAUAAAAGAUAUGUUCUUCUAAGUUCCCACUAGGGUUGAAAUAGUUUCAUCUUAUAUAAAUCACCUUUUGCUUGCUCCAAGAAAAUGGGAACAUGCAAAAAAGAAAAUGGGAACAAAAUAAUAAUAAUAAUAGCCUGAAAUGGAAAGGCAGGCAUUGUCAUUAUUUUUGGAAGAACAAUUUGUUCUAUCUGACCACCCUCCCAAGUGAAGCCUUCACCCUAAAUAUUUUCUCCCCCCUGGUUGGUGGAUUUCAAGUAGCCAAAAUCAGUUUGUGUGUUGUGAUAGUAUCCUUUGCCCCCUCUCUUCUCGUUGAGCAGCCCCCCCCCCUGAAAUAGUCUGGGAAAACCCUAAACGAACAGCCCACAACUUUGCCUCCGAACUGGAACCCCUGCGUGUGCUUCCCCCCCGACGUAACAGUUGUGAAUGAGGCUAGACAAACGCACUAAUCCCUUAGGUACUCCUUGACGCAAGUUCCAGUUGUAUAAUAAAGCUGCAGUGUAACGUAACGAAGAACCCAAGACCUUUUUCACAUUACUCUGUACUUGAGGUUUGCUUUGACUAUGGAUAAUAAAAGUGAUGUUUUAUGUUUAUCAUCUAAUGACUGUAAACUGUAGUUAUAGAAUAAAAAAAAAUGGAAAAGAGAAA